AUGGCGUCUCGUCUAGCUGCGGCGGCGGCCUCCUCCUCCACCUCCGCGUCCCCCCUCGCCCGACUAAUCUCUCGCCGCGGCCUUGCCGGUGCCGCAGACGGCCAUGGACCUGCGAAGGUGCCCUUGUGGAAAGAUCCGUUGAGCCCGAGCAAGUGGAAGGAAGAGCACUUUGUUCUAGCAAGCCUUUCUAUGUGGGGUGCUCUUAUUUACGGUGGUUUCAAGCUUUUUGGUGGAAAGAAUGAAGACAAGACUGAGCAAAUGUUAAGAAAAUCAGGGAAAACAAUUGGGAAAUGA